GAAAAAGAAAACAGCAGGGAAGAGGAGAUAUUAGGAGAGAGUAAUGUUGAGAAAAAAAAUAUCAGGAAAGAAGUGACAGAAAAAGAAAAGGGCAUGAUGUCCUCCACAAUAUCGUCCACAAACACUUCAUCAAACUUUAACGACAGUAUCAUUUUAGUUUUAGAAUCCACAAAUGACACAUUUUCCACCAAAAGAAUUUGUCUUUCUGACAACACACCGGUUAAAAUAGGCCGCAUAACGAAUAAAAAUACGCACCAAACCCAAACGAAUGGCUAUUUUGAUAGUCGAGUUCUUUCCAGAACUCACGCUGAGAUUUGGAAAGAUAAUGGAAAAGUUUUCGUAAGGGAUUUAAAGUCUAGUAAUGGCACUUUCGUUAAUGGGAAACGCAUUAGUGUUGAAGACAAAGAAGGCGAUCCUGUUGAGCUUAAAGAUUACGAUUUAUUGGAAUUUGGUAUCGAUAUAUACAACGAACAUGACCGUAAGCUCUUGUACAGAAAAAUUGCUGCGACAGUACAAAUUACUUCAUCGAGCAACGCGCGAUCAAGAAUAGGUGUGAUCAAGAAUGGCUCUUCCUGCAAACGCCGUUCUGGACUAACGCCUGGGGUUCACUCCCCUGAUGAUUCCAUAUAUGCAUCUUUAGAGUUCGAAUUACAUAACGCGCGUGAUGAGAGCCGCCAUUUAAUAGAGUUGAACAACGUACUGAAUGAUAUAGGAAAUACAUUGGGUAAUAGGAAUAAUAGGGAUAAAUCGGAUGAGAACGUUGUAAUUCAUCCCGAUUUUAAAGAACUGCAAACAAAAUUUCGUGCACAAUUUUUAAAUUGUGAUUCUGAAAAGGACGCAGUGGUUGCAGAACUUAAUAGGAAACUUGAACAUGAAAUUUGUCUUCGUAACGAGUACAAGGAAAAAUCCCAAAUGUACGAGAAGAAAAUUGAGCAGCUUGAAGAAAAUUUAAAGGCAACAUCGCCAAAAAAUCUAGAAUCGGAUUCUAAACUAAUUGAAGAAUUAAAGGUACAAGUUCAGAUGCUUUCACAGCAAUUAGAAUCUUCUCAAAGUCAGAUAAAAGAUGCAAAUAUAUCGCAUUCUAAUGAUGAUAAUUUACAGAAUCAACUAAAUGAACUGGUCUCAAAAUUUGAAAGUUUGCGACUUUUGCACGUUUCUGAAGUGGAUGAAUUAAAAUAUAAAAUUCAAGAAGUGAAUACUGAAUUGGAAAAUACUAGUAGAGAACUCAAUGACUUACAAGACCUUUAUUCUUCUGUUACUGAAAAGUAUGAAAAACGAUCCUCACAAGCCGUUAUCCAUCAGAAGCAAAAAACUACGGUAAAAGAAUCUGAAUGGACUAAAGAAAGGGAUUCUUUACUUCUCAUGGAGGUAAAUUGUAGAAUUUAA